AUGGUGCACCCCAACUUCAAGAUCCAGGAUGCGGCGCUGAACGCGACCAAGGGGUGGAUCAACGACGAGGCGUACGAGUCGGGCUCGACAUUUGACGUAGAGGACCCGGGCUCGGGCGAGGUCUGGACGAGCGUGGCCGAGAUGGGCGCCGUCGACGCCGAAAAGGCCAUUACGGCCGCGACGAACGCCUUCCCCGGAUGGAGCAACACGGGUGCGCGGACGCGCGCGCGCACCAUCCUCGAGCUCGACCGCCUCGUCCGCGAGAACAAGGAGGACCUCGCCAUGCUCAUCACGAUGGAGACGGGCAAGGCGCUCGCCGAGGCCCGCGCCGAGGUCGACUACGCCACGACUUACUCUUGGGUCAUGGCCGGCGAGGCGGAGCGCAUUCAGGGAGACACCAUCAAGGCAAACGAUAACCCGAGCCUGAGGUUCUUCACGCAGCGCGUGCCCGUUGGCCCUGUUGCGCUGCUGUGCCCGUGGAACUUUCCCGUCGUCAUCGCCCUGCGCAAGAUCGCGACCGCGCUCGCGGCAGGCUGCACAAUGGUGAUCAAGCCGUCGCCCGAGACGCCAGUGUCCACGCUCGCCCUGGCCAUUCUCGCCAAGCGUGCCGGCGUCCCUGCCGGCGUCAUCAACGUCGUCACUGCGUCGAACGCAACCACCCCCGAGGUCGGCAAGAUCCUCUGCACUGACAAGCGCAUCAAGAAGGUGUCCUUCACGGGCUCGACUAACGUGGGCAAGCUGCUCAUGGGCCACGCGGCGGGGACGCUGAAGAAGCUGACCCUCGAGCUGGGCGGCAACGGCGGCUGGGUCGUAUUCAGCGAUGCGGACCUGAACGCUGCCGCCGACGCCUUGCUGGCGAACAAGCUCCGACACGCGGGCCAGGUGUGCGUGUGUGCGAACCGCGUGUUCGUGCAGCAACCCGUCAUUGACGAGUUCACGAAACUCGUCCAGGAGAAGAUGGCAAAGCUGAAGUGGGGCCACGGCCUGGACGAGGGCGUGACAAACGGCGCGGUGACGGUGGACCGUGGCGCGGCGCGGGCCGAGGAGCUGGUCGCCGACGCGCAGAAGCACGGCGCCAAGGUGCUGACCGGCGGCAAGCGGUUCGGGACCGGCUUCCACUUUGAGCCGACGCUCAUCGUCGGCGCGCCCCAGGACGCGCGCGUGUACAAGGAGGAGAUGUUUGCGCCCAUCGUCAGCAUCUACCCCUUCGAGAGCGAGGACGAGGUCAUUGCCCUCUGCAACGACACCGACAUGGGCCUCACCAACUAUGUCUGGACGCGCGACAUCAGCCGCGCCUGGCGCGCGUACGAGCGCCUCCAGUCCGGCACCGUCGCUAUCAACACCGCGAACGCCAACACCGCCGAGAGCCCCUUCGGAGGCAUACGCGAGAGCGGCGUAGGAAAGGAAGGCGGGUUUGGGUACGGCGUCAACGAGUUUACGGUCGUCAAGACGGCCGCGCUGACGGUGGACCAGUAG